CCAGUUGAUCUCUCCCAGAUCGGUCCUCUCAGAUUUAGCAUCCAGCAGGUGGAAUGAAGCAGAGGAAGGAAGCGAGGCAAUGGCUGGAUUUAACACAGACCACCUUCUGUUGAGAACAUGAGCACUGGGAACAGAGAUGUGGAUCUUUUUGCUGUUCCUGAAACUCGGAGUAAUUUACCCAGCAGUCUCUGCCACUACAGCUGCUCCCUCCAAUGUUCACUUCUCUUCUAUCAACCUGAGGAAUGUCCUGCACUGGCUCCCAGGAAACGGCACCACAGAGGAUGCGCACUUCACAGUGCAGUAUGCAAUCUACGGAGACAGCGUGGAGAGCAGCAGAGGACGGCGGGUUAACUGGAGGGCAGUCCGUCAUUGCACAGAAAUCUUGCAGAACUGGUGCGAUCUGAGCAAUGAGACCUGGGAUCUGGAUCACUGGUACCAUGCCAGAGUGCGCGUCAAGACCAGGGCAUCGACCUCAAAGUGGGCUACCACUUGGAGGAGAUUUGAUCCAAAGCUGGACACUGUUUUUGGACCCCCAUCCAUCACCGUGGAGCUACAGAACAACAGCGCAAUCAUCACUCUGAAGGGACCAAUGCGAUACCAACCCAAUAACGACACGGAUUUGGUCCCAAUGGCAUCACUCUAUUCACGCAUGAAAUACGAACUGUCAAUCAACAACCCUCAUCAAAACAAAAAUGAUGUGUUCCACGCUGUAUCCAGCCCUCACAAGUACCAGCAAAUGGAAGCCAACACAAAGUUUUGCUUCUCUGCCAAAGCCUCCUUCCUGUCAUUGCCGGUUGUUUGUCAAGCAUCCCCUUGGCACUGUGUCACCACCCCCCCAGAUCCAGCAAUGGAACUGCUGAAGAUGGUGGUUGUUGGCUUUAUCGUGGCGACUUUGUCUUUGUGUUUCCUGAUCGUGCUUGGGUUCUUUCUUGUCCGAUACUUGAUGGGAAAAGGACAAAAGAGCCCACCUAUACUGAAUGAUCCAUUAUUGGACCACCCACCUUGGACCUUCCUGCCUGACAAGCCCAACAUCCUCCUCAUCACCAUCAUCAAAGACAAGCUUCCUUCUUUCAUCUCCAGAGGCUACCAAGCACAAUUAACCGACAGCUCAGGGAGCGGAGAAACACUCGAUGACGAUGAUCUGUCUGUGGACUACGGCGCUGUUGUUGCGGUUCCCAGACAUGCCCCGGAGAUAGCGAGAGACUUUGCUGACAGUGGUAGAAUAGGUCCACAAUUGCUUGACAACAAGAUGGACAGCAGGCUUCCAAAUGAUCAUCAGGCUGCUAGUGCUGCAUCCAGGAUGAUGUCUUACUUCUCUCAACAGUCAAAACAAAUACACACACCGAUUUACUCAAGACAAACCAUGAGCACACUAGUACAAGCCCAGCCAUUUGAUCCAGAGUUACAGAAUGGAAACCAGGCUUGGGGACUACAUUCUCAGAGAGCUGAGGUAGAAAAGGAAGACAUUUUGGCCCCAAUCCACCCUCAGUUAGAGGCAUUUGCCAGUGUUGCUGCAGAAAAAACAGGUGAGGAAAGAGAGCCUUUUCUAUCAGGUUAUGCCUCUCAAAGCUGCUUCCCAUCGAAUCAGUCCGAUUGCUCAAAUGACUAUGGGUUUGUGAUGAGUCCAAGCAGAGAGCCACAGGGCGAGGAAAUGGGUUCCAUCAUCGAUUGGGAUCCUGAAACAAGGAGACUGACGUUGCCAGUGCCGGAGAACGGUCUUGACCUUGGUGAAGGGUUAGAGAAGGCAGACACUGGAAGUGAGAACCUCAUGAAGUUGGACAGUGUUUUUGUCAGACAGAACUCAGGUGAGAAGGAAGCACAGGGAGAGUGGGAGGAGGAUAUCAUGGUGACCAAAUGGAACGUGGUAAUAUCCAUGGAUGGAUAGAUGAAACUAUAACGGCACUGAUCCACCGGAACUCAGUGUUAAAUACACGCAUUAUAAUGAAUCACGUGGCACAUGGCACGCUUAAUAACCAUACAACUUCAGUCAUUUAAAACUGUAUUUUGAAUAUAUCUUGGAUGUCAAUGUAUAGCUGAACUAGCAAAGUGAGGUUGUCUUUGGUAUACUGUUAUUAAGUCAGCAGGAUGGACUGCAAACCAAUAUCUGUGUUGUUUCACUGAUGGAUAUUUGAUAAUCUUCUCAUUUUCAUAGUGACAAAUUGGAUGUUAGUCCACAAGCAGGAUGUGUGUCUGCCAGACGACCACACUCGCACUUUACAGUCUUACCUCCCAAACACAUGCACUUGUCUACAUGGAUGCCUGAAAUGCUGUAAAUGAAAGUAGAAGGGCGGCCAGUAUGGAAUUAUCAAUGAAGGAAACUAUUUGUGAAAGCUAGUGUGACUAUAUAUAUAUAUAUAUAUAUAUAUAUUAACCCUCUUGUAGCUGGUAACCAGUAUAUUUGAAAGUAUAGAGGUUCAGCUCAAGGGACUACUGUAGUCAAUUUUACUAAUGUACUGUACAAGCACUGUUAUUUCUCUGAUCAUUCUCAUGAAAUGAAGUGACCCAAACAAUAGUAUGAAUGUAUCCAUGUCAUUUAAUGAUGAAAUAAAUGUG